AAUCAUCAAAACAGAUGCACGGAACUGAUUGUUUGUCUAGUUUGCGAAUCAACUGAUCGAAAUGAGUUUAUUCCAGGUUAUCUUACUGACUUGUGUUAUGACACUUAUGGUAACAGGACAUAAAUCCUGCUCCAUAAAUGCUGAACUCAUGAAGAGUAUUCAAUAUCAACUUAAACUUGUUGAAAACAAUGAUGGAAAAUGUGAUUGUAAAGGGAGAUAUACAGGACCAGAAAAAGUGGCGUUUAUGGUUAAAAAUUCAGCUGAUUUACUAAACAUCCCUGCGAACUCUGUUGUAGUUUACAAUACAGUUAUUACAAAUUUAGGCAACGGAUACGAUUCGUCCACUGGGAUAUUUAAAGCUCCUUCCAAUUGUGUCUACAUCUUUUCCUGGACAGUUCUUUGUCAGCAUGGAAAAUCCUUCCGUACUUAUCUCGCUCUCAACGGACACCUGAUAGCCAGAAACUUCGCAGGGGCACGGAAUGUAGCAGAUCACGCAUCAGGAAGUCAGAAUGUUGUUAUUGAAGUAAAAAAGGACGAUGAAAUAUUCGUUAGGAUCCAAGAUGGAUAUACCGGACAGUUCAUGUAUGCUGAUAGUUGGUCAACUUUCAGCGGUUAUAAACUGUAAAAGCUAUAUAUAACAUAAAAUCAAAGUUUUCUGAUAUUUAUUAAAGGGGCAUUAGCUGUCAAAUUACUGUUCAUCGAUUUGACUCAAGUUCUCACAUUUGAUUUAUAACAUACUAAAACGUAAAUCCAAAUUAUAAUAAUUCAGAAAUAAACAAUUAACAAUG